GCCUCUCCUCCGAGCAGCUGCUGGUUUGAUUCCUUUCCGUGUCCACAGUUUCUUCCCGGGAGUCCCUCCGUCGUCCUCAUGAACACCCUGAACCAGCAGUACGAGGAGAAGGUGCGUCCCUGCAUCGACCUCAUCGACUCUCCGCCUCUGGGGGUGGAGAAGGACUUGGCGCUGCCUGCUAUCGCCGUGAUCGGAGACCAAAGCUCGGGGAAGAGCUCCGUGUUGGAGGCGCUGUCCGGGGUGGCUCUGCCGCGAGGCAGCGGCAUCGUGACGAGAUGUCCUCUGGAACUGAAGAUGAAGAGAAGGAGAGAAGGAGAGGACUGGUACGGGAAGAUAAGCUACCAGAACCUUGAAAUAGAGAUAGAAGACCCUGCAGAUGUGGACGACAUGAUUAGAGAAGCUCAGAAUGCAAUGGCCGGGGUGGGGGAUGGGAUCAGUGAUGACCUCAUCAGUCUGGAGAUCGCCUCUCCUGAUGUUCCAGACCUGACGCUCAUUGACCUGCCCGGCAUCACCAGGGUGGCUGUAAAGGGACAACCGGAGGACAUUGGAGACCAGAUAAAGAGACUGAUCCAGAAGAUUAUAAAAAAACAAGAGACCAUCAGCUUGGUGGUGGUUCCAUCCAACGUGGACAUAGCGACCACGGAGGCUCUGAAGAUGGCUCGGGAGGUGGAUCCUCAUGGAGACCGGACUUUGGGCGUCUUGACCAAGCCCGACCUGGUGGACAAAGGCACGGAAGAGUCUGUGGUUGAAAUCGUCCGCAACGAGGUCAUCCACCUGAAGAAGGGCUACAUGAUCGUCAGGUGCCGGGGUCAGAAGGAGAUCACGGAGAGGGUGUCUCUUCCAGAAGCAACGAGAAGGGAAAAGGACUUCUUCAACGAUCAUGCUCAUUUCAAGAUUCUCUACAAGGAAAACCUCGCUACUGUUCCUAAACUGGCGGAAAAGCUCACCCUGGAGUUGGUGCAUCACAUCAAGAGGUCUCUGCCUCAACUGGAAGUCCAGAUACAGAAUAAACUGACGGAGAUUCAGGCGAAGCUGGACCGCUGUGGCGUUGGACCCCCAGCCGACGCAGCGGAGGAACUGGGUUUCCUCAUCGAUACGGUGGCAGCGUUUACAAAGGACGCCAUCAGCCUCACCACAGGGGAAGAAAUCAAAAUCGGAGGCAGGGUCAACAUCUUUGCCACGCUCAGAGAACGGUUUGCGGCUUGGGAAAAGAUCAUCGAGGACAACGGAAUACAAUUCAACCUGAACAUCGAGAAGGAGGUGAGUGAGUAUGAACGGAGGUACCGCGGAAGAGAACUGCCGGGGUUCAUAAACUACAAGACCUUUGAGGACAUGGUGAAGGAGCAGAUCAGACAGCUGGAGGGGCCCGCCAUCCUGAAACUCAAGGAAGUGGCAGACGUUGUGGCCAAAGAGCUGUCGAAGUUGGCUGAGAGCAGCUUGGUUGGAUUUCCUAACCUCAUCAAAACAGCCCAGAUGAAGAUUGAAGCCAUCAGAAAGGAGAAGGAGAUCGCAGCAGAGUCCAUGCUGAGGACUCAGUUUAAGAUGGAGCUUCUUGUUUACACUCAGGACAGCACGUACAGCAAGAAGUUAGGGAAGAGGAAGAGGGAAGAGAUGCAGAAUUUUGUCGGAUUGACUUCUCUUCCAAAUGGAGUCGGAUUGACUUCUCCUUCAUACAAUCGAAGCACUUUGAGCAAUGACAGCGGGGGCACCCUGAGAGAGAUGGUCAAACACCUGAAGACCUACUACAAAAUCGCCGGCCGGCGCCUCGCCGACCAGAUCCCGCUGGUGAUCCGCUACCAGGUGCUGCAGCAGUCUGUCAACCAGCUGCAGAGGGAGAUGCUGCAGUUGUUUCAAGACAAGAAGAUAACAGAGUGUCUCCUUCAAGAGGACCCUGGCAUAAAGAACCAGAGAAUCCACCUUCAGACUCGCCUCAAGCGGCUGUCAGCGGCACGCAAUCUGUUGACUGAAUUCAGUUUGAACACGUACAACUUCAACAAAGGCCGAAAGACAGAUCCCAACGCAGGAAAGAACACAACAGCACAGCCACUCCCCCCCACACACAUCCCUGAGUGUAAAACGGCAAAAAAAAAAAAGUUUUAGGUUUAAUUGUGAGCGCCACAUGGUUCAUCGCCAUGACACCGUAGAUCUAAAGUGAAAUAAAGUGUACAUAGUGACAGGUCAAACACAACAUUGAAGUAAUAUUCUAUAAAUCGCUUUCUAACAGAAAGGAGAGAAUAAACAUAGAACUAUAUUUCAGUUUUUUUGCCUCCAACAUUCAGGAGGUUUAUCCAGAUGUAGUUUAUAAACGUAGAACCUUUUUCUAUUGCGUCGCAUUCCUUCGUUUCUUUGUCAGCAAGAGGUCCUCAAACGCCUCGUGAAGGCCUGCACAUGCCUGGUAGACCUCUAGAGCUCUGAUGUCUCUGAUGUGGGCCUUGAUACAGUUAAUCUGCAUGUAUGACAUGCCUUUUGUAAUAAAAACAUUCUGAAAAUCACAAUGUUCAUUUUAAUGUCAUAUGUACUCAGUGAAUUUAUGACAAUGAGAAAUAUGUUUUUUUCUCUUAUAUAUAUUUUUAUAUAUAUAUAUGUAUAUAUAUAUAACUAUAUUUAUCUCAAAAUAUAUACAUUUAAAUAUAUAUAUUUAAACAAAUAUAAAAUUAUAGAAAUAAAUAUAAAAUGAUAUAUAUAUUUAAAAAAGAAAAAAACCCACAUAUAUAUAUAGUAUAUAUAUUUAUAUAUAUACAUGUCCCAGCUGAACUCAAACUAGGGAUGUUGUGGUCCAAGGUCAGGCACACCCUGCUCUCUUUCAUUUCUUAACCAAAUGAUGAGACUUCCAUAUCCCAUUUCACAAUGGAGACGUGCUCACAGUUCAGUGUUUUUGUCAAUCACAUUAAUUCAUGUUGUCUUACUGAAACUUGGCUGAGUGAUGACGAAUGUGUAAGCCUAAAUGAAUCAACUCCUCAAAGUCAUAUUAAUAAACACAUCCCUCAAGGCUUUUUCGUGAUAUCUCCUGCCUCUGUGGCCCCGCCUCCUGCCUCUGUGGCCUGCUGAUGCCCCCACUCCUCACUUCCUGCUUCUGUCUCAUGGAUUGUGGAGGUCUCAUGUGGGACCAUGCCUACUAAUAAUUAUUCAUACAUUUCUGUCAUACUCAUUGAAUGCGUUUUAACUCUGUAAUGCUGUUCAUCUGUACACAUGAUAUCUAUUGCUUCAGUCCAUCCAGGGAGAGGGAUCCUCCUGUCGCUCUGCUGAAGGUUUCUUCACUUUUUUCCCAGUGAAAGGGUUUUUUCUAUUUUUGGGGGAGUUUUUCUUUGACUGAUCCGAUGUGAGGUCAAAGGUCAGGGAUGUCGUAUGUGUACAAAUUGUAAAGCCCUCGGAGGCAGAUGUGGGCUAUACAAAAUAAACUGAAUUAAAUUUAAA